AUUGUUUUGUUUAAUGGGUUGUGAGUGCAACGAAAGUAUAAUUGUUUGCUGAUUUACUUGAUAUAGAUUCUUGUGUUUAUAAAAUAUAAUUAACUGAUAAAAUGGGUUGUGAUGGUGGCACCAUACCUCGUCGGGACGAGCUCGUCCGUUUGAAAAAGAAACCAGAGCAGAAAGAUAAAGACGCCGAACGUGCCUUCAAAUGGCGUAAUUGUGCCCUGUCUCAGCAACCUUUGCAACAGCCUAUAGUUGCAUGUGGCUUAGGUCGAUUGUACAGCAAAAGUUCCGUUUUGGAGUCCUUGUUAGAUAAAGAAACGAAGCCAGAAUCUAUAGCUCACAUUAAAAACAUGAAGGAUAUUAGAGACCUAAACCUGACAAAGAACCCAGCAUACACCAAUGCAGAGCACACUGAGGGUGCUGUAGGUGAUGGCAGCGCACCUUUUAUCUGCCCCAUCAGUGGUCUGGAGAUGACGGGCAAGUUCCGCUUCAUAUUUCUGUGGAGCUGUGGCUGUGUGCUAGCUGAGCGUGCAUUGAAGGAAGUUAAGCAAAGUAUUUGCCACAUGUGUCAAAAACCAUUCACGGAUAAUGAUGUUGUUGUGCUAAAUGGUACAGAUGAGGAUAUAGAGCUGUUAAAGGAAAAAAUGUCUGUUCGUAUUGCAAACAGAAAAGGUAAAAAGAUAAAAAUUGAAAAAAUUGAUAAGGAUGCCAAACCAGAAACUGUCACAUCUGAAAGUUUAAAUGAAUCAUCCUUACCUGAAACAGAAGUGAAAAAUGAAAAAGACCAACAAGAAGCUGGCUGUAGUAAAGCUUUAAAAAAAGAAAUGGACACAAUACCAUUGUCUCUGCCCAAAUUCAAUCCAAACAAACAACCCAGAGGUCACUUUGGAUCAUCAAAGAGAGCAUUACCGUCUGGUCUUGUUGAUGACCCCUCAUACAAAAAGACCAAGAAGGACUAUAGCAUAGCUAAAGACCCUCAAAGCACCGAAGUGUACAAAUCUAUAUUUACAUCGCAUAAAACUGAGCAAAACCAACAAAGGGCACAUUGGGUUACUUACAACCCAUUUUAUAAUUAGUUUUUUAUUUCAAUAAAUUUUCUUAAGCAUUUCAAUUAAUGUUAUUAAUAAUUUUAAUGGAUA